AUUUUUUUUCAAAGGUGGACUUUCGCGACAGGGCGACCUACUGUAUGAUGGGUGUCUGUACUCCCAUUACCAGACAUGUAGCACUGGCAACUGUGGCUUAGUCACUAAUCAACAGAGAGGCAUAACUGACAGGAGCACCAAUUCACCGCAAAGCAACAGACAAUGGUGUGAAACAGAAACAGUUCAACAAAGAAAAGUCCCAACUGACAAACCGUUUCAGAUGAGGGCAAGUAGCUGUUGUUGGAUCCGAACACGUAACGGGGUUUCAGGUUGGAGAUUUCGAACUCAAGUAGAUUUGGGAUCAAGAUCUGACACUGGCAAACCAAACAGAUCCCCAGACAUUGCCAUUCUACCUUUCCUACGAGUUCCCCAGAACUGCCCACGGACCUACAAGCUGAUGUCCUUCGACCCUGAUGGAGACACAGUUCGCUGCAGAUAUGGAAAUAUCAGAAAUAUAGAGUGCAGCGGAUGUAACCAACCUUCAGGCUUUGUCUUGGAUCAGGGUUCCUGCUCCUUACAUUACCGCAAUGCCAUCGCCAACCCAAGUGUUUUUGGAUUUGAGUUGGUGGUGGAGGACUUCCCGCAAAGGCCCAUCUCUCUAUCCUACACCGAUGGAACCCAAUCCUACAAGGCUCCACUGAUUCCCAUGAGGCAUAAACGAGCCUACUACCACACAUAUCCUCCCACGACUUCAACUCCAAUCACGACUCCAGCGCUUAACACUAUGGCACCAACCACAACCCCAUGGGGGUGGUGGUAUCAUCAUACAAUUCCAGCAACAACUACACGUCAGACACCAGCCCCUCCUCUACCCACAUACCGGCCGUGGCUGCAUACAACUCCAACCACCACAGACAACAGACACCUGCAAAGAUGUUGUGUUUGAGUUCUUGAUAAGCCAUUAAAACAGUAAAAUACGUGUCUC